UGUGAAUGUGUGUUUAAGUAGACAAAAGGUACCGGUACGUGAUAUGCUACGCCACCAGUCUAGGAGCCAGAGUUGGAACAUGACAGGCGGAUCUUUACGCAGGCGUUGACAAAGGUGCAGUUCACACAACAUUUGUCUCAUUCACUCACAGAUAUGCACGGAGACCACUUGCUAUGGAGCAUCCAGCUCGUGGCAGCGGGUGUUCAGUUGGGGAAUGCGUUCUUCUUGACCGUUCUUCCUAUGGUGAUGAAGGAACGAUAUGUUAAUGCUACAAGCCAAUCGGAUACCAACCUAUCCUGUUUGGAGGACAGCUGGCAGGUCUCUGUGUCCAACUUCUUCAUGACUUACAGAGUCCUGAGUCAACUGGUUCCCAUCCUUCCUGGCUUUUUUCUGGCAUGGCUCGGGGACAUGGGCUGGAGGAAAAGCCUGAUUGUGCUCCCACUGCUGGGCCUCAUGCUGUCCCGGCUUGUGGUGCUAUUCAUGCUGAUACUGGACUGGCCUGUCAAAAUCUUGUGGGUGGAGGUGAUCAUCACUGCGUUGUGUGGGGGCUCGACUGUGUUCUGGAGUGGCAUCAUGACACUGCUGUCUCUUGGCUCUACAAGGCAGGAUAGAUCCAAAGUAUUGAUGAGAGCAGAGCUUAUCAGUGGACUGUCUGGUGUUGUGGGCUGUAUGACGGCAGGGCACUUGUACAAUUUUUCCAGUACAACCCUGAGACCAGGUGUUGUCACCUUGCUGAUAUGUGUUCUAUUCCAUGGGUCCUGCAUGAUCUACGUGAUCUUCUUCCUACAGGCGAGUGUUUUGUUGCUCAUUCACUGGUGGUUCCUGCAGGUUAGCUACGGGAAUGCGUCCGGCUUCCUGAUUACAAUCUCAAGUUUCCUGAGUUCUGUGAUUUUAUCAAGGUGGCUCAGUGAUAGCUCUCUGAUCACUAUUGGCCUGCUCUCCAAUGCCGCCGGGAUGCUUCCAAUGGCUUUUGCCACAACUACAUACAUGUUCUUCAUUGCCCGUGUUCUGGCACUUUUCUCCCUGAUGCCUGUUCCGUUGAUAUGUUCUCUACUGUCCCAGCAAGUGCAUGGUUCUUCAUACAGUAAAGUGCUUAUUUCACUGCAGCUGUCUUUGAAAUUGUCCAGCGCGGGAACUAACUUAAUCUACGCCAAGAUUUACCAAUUGACUUUUAAUUGGUUUCCUGGCUUUGUCCUGAUACUGACCAGCUUGAUCUCCAUCGUGGCCAUCAUACCCAUAAGAAUAUUUGACAGCAGACUGUCUGUUGGGUGCAUCUACCUGGUCAUCGCAGAUGAAGAGGCCAGUGAACAUGACCUUUUACUUGAGAUGGAAGACUCCAGUGAUGACAGACCUAUUUGCAAGUAGAAUCCUUCAUGUGUUCAAAAAAGGAACAGAACAAGAACUUACCCUAGGAGAAAGCAAUCACUAUUCUGGCUUCAAAUGUUAUUAAAAUAGAAGCAGCGCUAUCGGACAACGAAUAACUUUAUUGUGUGCUUUGGUGUUUCUCCGUUUCAUUUUCUGGUGUGUUUGUUUUGCACAUGGGAGAGUCUGUCUCAAACCCCUUUUUGACCAGUUAGUGCGGACGAGAAUUGAGACCCUUACUGUAAAAGCAGCUCUGUCAGACUGUCAUUCUGAGAGCAUGUUUUUGACCUGUGUUUUAGACAUUACAGUAGACCAGUCUAACUAAUUACCGGUACCUGUCGGUUGAUUUGAAAAGACAAUUCAUAAAUGCUUAUUUACAGUUGCAGUUUCUCCAAAAACAUUGGAACGACAAGAUUAAUUCCUUUGUUUUUGUUGUACACUAUCCAGAAGACAUUCAGGUUUCAGAGCAAAAGAUCUAUAUGAAGCCAAAGGUUCCAGCUUUUAUUUCAUGCUGUUUACAUAUGGAUAUGUUAAACAAGUCAGGACGCAGCACAUCUUAUUCGAUGCCACCCACUUUUCAAGUGAGAAAAAAUACUGGAACAUCUGACUGGCCAAGUCAACCACCAGACCUUAACCCAAUCGUAUAUGCAUUUCACCUCAAAGAGGAGACUGAAGGAAAAACCCUCGAGAAACAAACAAGAACACAAAGUGCCGGCACUGAAGGCCAGGAAAAGCAUUUCAAAUGAAGAAGGCAACAAUCCGGUGAAGUCAAUGGCUCACAUGGCUUGAUGGAGUUGUUGCCAGUAAGGCUUAAGACACGAAAUAUUACAUGCUAUUCUCUUGAAGUUAAAUUAAUAUUGUCUGUUCAUGUACUUUUGCUCACUUGAAAAGUUGGUGGCUUCAAACCAAAGGAAGCACUGUCCAGAGUUGUGUAACACAUCUAGGUCAAGGUCAAGGUCAUCUUUAUUGUCAAAUAUGCUUGAUGUAUGACAUGCAUCUAGAUGUAGAAACCA